UCGUCACAUUUUGAGCGGACGCAAUUCUAGUUAUAGUAUUCGACAUAGCGACAAAAUCACUGUUCAGCUCUAUCUCUUUUAAAUUAAGUUGACAAUCUUAUCUUCAAAACCAGAUCACGAGAAGUUUUGAGAGUCACUUCAAAUUAUACUUUGCUGUAACUUUUCAAAAAAAUGUUGAACUCGAAUCUUGUAGUUUGCGCUAUCUUGGUUGUAGCUCUUGAUACCAUUUCGGCCCAUUUGUAUGGCGAUUAUGUCAAAAACACUGAUCCUAACUUGAUACGGGAAGUCAAAACCUACAAACGACCUUGGGAAAUAUACCACAAUGCUGCUGAAGUUGACAAUGAGAGUGAGGUUAAGAGUACGAAGCCACUGACUAUGCCGGCAGAGUGGGACUGGAGAAAUAUCGAUGGGCAGAGUUACGUGAGUGUGGUCAGGAACCAACACAUCCCCCAGUACUGUGGCUCCUGCUGGGCCCAUGGAUCCACCAGCGCCAUCGCCGACAGAAUCAUUAUCAAAAGCAGCAAGCAGACAGGAGUGGUGGACCCUGGAUUCCUGUUGUCGGUCCAGAAUGUGUUGGCAUGUGGAAAUGCCGGAAGCUGUCAUGGGGGAGAGGACAUCCCAGUCUACAGAUACAUGCACGAGAAGGGUAUCCCCCACGAGACAUGCAACAACUACCAAGCCAAGGAUCAAAACUGCACAGACUUCAACAAAUGUGGCACGUGCUGGGGUUUUGGCAACUGCUACCCGGAGACAAACUACACUCUGCACAAAGUUGGCGACUACGGAAGCAUCUCUGGUCGGGACAAGAUGAUGAGUGAAAUCUAUGCAAAUGGACCCAUUUCAUGCUGCAUCAAGGCCACCGACACUCUUGAACUGUUCGAAGGUGGUUAUGUCUACACCGAAUAUUCUGCUUACUGGCAUACAUUCUGUAACCACGAAAUCUCAGUGGUCGGGUGGGGAGUGGACAACUCCUCCGACGUGGGGGAAUACUGGGUGGUGAGGAACAGCUGGGGGGCAUAUUGGGGAGAGAAGGGCUGGUUCAGACUGCCUACCAGUCAGGCAUUCCCAAAUGACCCCUCCAAGAGCGGAAACGAUUACAAUUUGGCAGUCGAACGCCAGUGCGGAUAUGCUGACCCGAAAAUGACCUACUAGAGUUCACACACAUAUGUGAAAGAUCAGAAGAAACAAAUACGUUGGAUGAACUUGAUUACUUGUGCCUUUAAUUAUAUGAUUCUCAUCAAAAUUUUAAAUUUGGAAUUAUCUGAAGUGUCAAUCUUUAGUGGAGAAAAAAUCAUUAUUUUAGUUCAUAGAA